GCGGGUGGGGAGGGUUUGCCUUGGGUCGGCUGGCGGCUCUGCUCCCCAGCCAGAGGCAGGCUGCGCUCAAGGCUGCGCGCCAGUGCAUCGCCACUAGACAUCUCGGGCGCUUUGCAAAGGCUCUGGUGACCUGGGCACUGUUUCUUCACCACGGCCAAGGAUUUCUCCGCAGGUCCCCUCCCGGCCCGCUCCACCCCCGCAGCGGAUCGUCGAGUCCAAUGCAGAGCUCUGCUGUACUUGCAAAGGCUCCUGUCUCCGAACCACGUGUGAAGCCGAGCGCUCCGCUCCGGUUUAUAUUGAUGCCAUCCUCUCCCUGACUCCCUUGAGAGUGAAACCCCAAGUCACGCCCCUUCACCAUGCGGGGGACGCACUAGGGCUUGCCAAGAGCUCGGAAGGGACCUCCGCUCUGGGGUGAUUUCAUGGACAGUACCUGAACCUUGAGCGGUUUGGAGCUGGCUUCUGUUUUCGGUUAGAUCUUCGCUGCUCGGACAAAUGCAGACAAAUGCAUUUAGGAGCAAAAAGGACAAGGAGUGGAAGCAUCUCUCCCACAGCAAAAACGAAAACCCUCCUCCUUUUUCUUGCGAUAUGCGUAGCUGUGGGUGCCGCACAAAUGCCAGCACAAGGCAUAGAUGUUCUUCAUCAGUUAGGCCUUGGUGGGAAAGACAUACAACAUCCAUCAGCAGUGUCUACAAUGCCCUUGUCAUCUGUUCCGUUACCUCAGGGGGUUCGCUUAACAGCAUCAGGCGUUGUUUUAACCAGAGAUGCACACAUUGAAUCCCCUAUCACUCAAGUCAUACCAUCAAGUCUAGGGAAUCAGUUCACAUUAUUGAUUGGGCUACACUCUUAUAGAGUAAACAAUGCUUUUCUUUUCAGUAUUAGGGACAAAAACAGACUGCAGUUUGGUGUACAGUUGCUACCAAAGAAGGUAGUGGUAUAUAUUGGAGGGAAGCAGUCUGUAUAUUUUGAUUACAGUAUUCAUGAUGAACAAUGGCAUUCAUUUGCUAUUGACAUUAGAGACAAGACAGUCUCAAUGUUUGCUGAGUGUGGAAAGAAAUAUUACAGCAGGGAAACACUUUCUAAAGUACAGAUAUUUGAUUUGGAUGGUUUGUUUACCUUAGGACGGAUGAACUCUCAGUCUGUCAGCUUUGAAGGAGUAAUAUGUCAACUGGAUAUUAUCCCGUCUGCACAAGCCUCUGCAAACUAUUGUAAAUACGUAAAACAGCAAUGUCGCCAAGCUGAAACAUACCGAUCUUUGCCAGCACCUCCCGACACAUCAGCUGGGGUGUCUGUAAACUUUCCAAGGAAACAGUUUGGUGACAACACCCAAUCUGAACAUAAAUCAUUUUAUACACAGAAAGAAGCAUUAAACCUUCCUAUUAACAACACUGCACCAAUCCAUACCCUACCAGAAUCCUUGGCGUUAAGAACUGUUACUCCAUCAGAGCUUGCAAAAUCUGAACCUCAGUCCACAACAAUUAGACCUGAAGCAAGUGUCCAGGAAAACUUUAGUCUGUCAAUUCAUCAACAGGACUUGAGCAAAAAGAGGAAUGGCAGCAAAAAAAAACUGGGAUCACCUCAAAAUAGUUCAGAUAAUGCCACAGAAGAUGCAGGUGGAAAAAGUGAGCUCCCCCUCAUUUCUUUUGUAAAACAGAGUAAGAUCAAAGAUAUGAAAACACAGGUAAAGGCCAAGCAGCUUUUAGAUGAACCCCUGGAAAUUCAGCAAAUCUUAAACACAACACUAUACAGGGCUACUGUAGACCUGUCUUUGGAUAAUCAGCUCAAUCCAUGGGAGGAAGGUGCAUUUGAUGCUGAUGAGACUUAUGCUGCAGAAAACGGUUAUGAAAUUGAUGUUGAAAGUUACAAUUAUGAUUAUGAAGAUCUUAACAAAGUGUUUGAAAUGGAGAAUUCAAGAGGGCCAAAAGGAGAAACUGGACCUCCAGGUCCCCCAGGUCCUCCAGGUUUACCUGGUCUAUCAGGGAAGAGAGGUCCAACGGCUCUUAUAGUGCUCACAAACAUCAGAAUACCACCAAGUGUUGGUUGUUAUUUUUUUACAUUGAAAAGUAGGUCCCGGGCCUUACUUUUGUGUGCUAAGCCUGAAGCUGACGGUGUUCCAGGGCCACAUGGGAAUCCAGGUUUGCCAGGGGUGCCUGGUCAAAAGGGCCCUAAAGGAGAUGCAGCAUUCUCCCCAGGACAAGCAAAACGUGGAGAAAAGGGUGACCCAGGUCCAAGAGGCUUACUUGGCCCUCCUGGUAUCAAAGGUCAGAAGGGUCACAAAGGCUAUCCAGGGCCACCAGGUCCACAAGGCGAGCAAGGAAUUCCAGGAAUGGCUGGCAAUGCUGGUUCACUUGGUUACCCUGGCAGGCAGGGUUUAGCUGGACCAGAAGGUAACCCAGGUCCUAAAGGUGUAAGAGGUUUCAUUGGACCUCCAGGGGCGGCAGGACAGCCAGGACCUGAAGGAGAAAGAGGCAUUCCAGGACAGCAAGGAAAAAGGGGUCUUAAGGGGAGACUGGGUUUUCCAGGUGACUUUGGAAACAGAGGCCCCCCUGGUGCAGAUGGGAGUCCUGGAGUUGUUGGUGGCGUUGGGCCUCCUGGAUUUCCUGGGCUGAGAGGUGUUGUUGGGCCUGUGGGACCGAGUGGACCUUCUGGAAUUCCUGGGCCUCUGGGUCUUCCAGGGAGUAUGGGGCAGCCUGGAAUGAAAGGUGAUAAGGGUGAACAAGGCAUUGCAGGAGAGCCGGGAGAGCUGGGAUAUCCAGGAGACAAGGGUUCUGUUGGUUUGCCAGGACCAUCAGGAAUCAGAGGAAAGCCAGGGCCUCCUGGAAAAAUCGGAGAUCCUGGACCCCAGGGACCAUCUGGUCCUCCUGGGCCUGAGGGUUUUCCAGGAGAUAUUGGUGUACCUGGACUAAAUGGCCCUGAAGGUCCAAAGGGACUUCUAGGUGACCGAGGGCCUCCGGGGGCCCCAGGCCCGAAAGGAAUUGAGGGAGAAGAAGGACCAGUUGGACUUGUUGGAGGAGUUGGACCAAGAGGAAGGCCAGGUCGGAAAGGGUAUGCAGGUGAACCUGGAUCAGAAGGCUUGAAGGGAGAACCAGGAGAUCAAGGAAACCUUGGAAAAACUGGUGAAGCAGGACCCAUUGGUUUACCUGGAGAAAUUGGACCUGCUGGAAUCCCUGGUGAAAAGGGAGAGCGGGGCAGUCCAGGACCAGUGGGCCCUCCUGGGGAGAAAGGUGUCAUGGGCUAUCCAGGACCUCCAGGGGGCUUUGGGCCUUUAGGGCCACAAGGAUUGCCUGGUCCUUCAGGGCCAAGAGGACCUCCAGGACCACAGGGAUCUAAAGGACGAAGAGGUCCCAGGGGUCUAGAUGGUCCUCCAGGAGAACAAGGGGCACAAGGUAUUAAGGGAGAAAGCGGUGAUCCAGGGAAAAAGGGUGUUCAUGGACUUAUUGGCAAGGCUGGAAACCCUGGAGAAAUGGGUGAUUCAGGAGUACCAGGCUUACCCGGACCUCCUGGAAACACGGGUGACAGAGGCCCUAUGGGAGAGCCAGGCCCAAGAGGACAAAAAGGUGAUGCUGGCCCUAUAGGAGAAAUGGGUUUUGAGGGACCUCCUGGCCCUGAGGGAGAGCCUGGCCUGCAAGGAGAACCGGGUGCAAAGGGAGACAUCGGACCUGCUGGCAAUGCUGGAGAAACAGGAGAACAAGGUUUAAGGGGUGAACCAGGAUCCCCAGGAGAAGAUGGUGUUCAAGGGAAAGAUGGCUCAAAGGGGAUCCCUGGAGACCAAGGGCUUCCAGGAGAGGAUGGUGAAAAAGGAGAGACCGGAAUUCCAGGAAUUACAGGCCCCACUGGUGAACCUGGCAUAAUGGGUAUUCCAGGAUCUGAAGGAACACCAGGAAAUCCAGGUCAAACAGGUCGUCCAGGAAGAAAGGGGGGAAAGGGGCAGCUAGGACCCCCAGGAGAGAUUGGAGCCACAGGUGAAGCUGGCCAACCUGGAGAAUUUGGUCCUAACGGCGCAAGAGGAACUAGAGGUCUAUUGGGACAUUUAGGAGUAAUGGGACCUGAAGGAGAGCCAGGAAUUCCAGGUUACAUGGGUCAUCAAGGUCAGCCAGGAUCACCUGGUCCUCCAGGACCCAAAGGAGAGAAGGGUUACCCAGGCGAAGACAACACAGUACUGGGACCACCUGGGCCCAUAGGUGAACCAGGUCCUAGUGGUGAACGUGGAGAUAGAGGGGAACCUGGUGAUGAGGGAUUCAAGGGUCACACAGGGCUUCCAGGUCUAAGAGGAGCAACUGGACAACAAGGGCCUCCAGGUGAACAAGGUGAAUUGGGAGAACAAGGACCAAAGGGAGAGAGAGGAUCAGAAGGUCCCACUGGAAAAAGAGGAAUGACUGGUCAAGCUGGGAAACCUGGAAUUCCUGGAAAACUAGGCCCACCAGGGCAGAAAGGUGCUUCUGGAUAUCCUGGACCAGAGGGCAUUCCUGGGAAUCCUGGAAAGCCUGGGUUACCUGGGAAGCCUGGCUUUCCUGGUAAUAAAGGAAGCCCAGGAAUAGCAGGGCUGGCAGGGUAUCCUGGAACUCGGGGAGCAAAGGGAUUGCCAGGCAUGCCAGGUAUCAGUGGAGAACCAGGACUAAAGGGUGAGCAAGGGCUUCAGGGUCAUCCAGGAAAACCAGGUAAAAGAGGCCUUCCUGGGGUACAAGGUGAUCAAGGCCCACCAGGAGAUCCUGGAUUGAAAGGGAAGACUGGAGAACUUGGAGAUCAAGGUUUGAUGGGGUUUCAAGGAUUCCCAGGUCCAAAAGGUCCUGAUGGGGACAUUGGUUUAGUUGGAAUUCUGGGUCCUAAAGGUCCUGUAGGCCAAAUCGGAUACACUGGCCCCAUUGGUCAAGAAGGCAUAAUAGGCCCAACAGGCAAACCUGGAUCCAGGGGUGAAAAAGGCUCCAGAGGUGAAAUUGGCCCUCAGGGACCACGGGGUCAUCCAGGUCCACCGGGUCCACCUGGGGUACCUGGUCCAAGAAAACAAAUGGACAUCAAUGCUGCUAUUCAAGCGUUGAUUGAAUCAAAUGGUGCACUACAGAUGGAGAGGUACCAGAAUACUGAAGUAAAUUUACUAGAUCACAGUGCAGAGAUAUUCAAAACGCUACACUACCUUAGCAAUUUACUGCACAGUAUCAAGAACCCCCUCGGCACUCGAGAUAACCCAGCACGCAUCUGCAGGGAUUUGCUUAACUGUGAACGUAAAGUAUCAGAUGGAAAAUACUGGAUUGACCCAAAUAUUGGAUGUCCUUCUGAUGCCAUUGAGGUUUUCUGCAACUUCACUGCUGGUGGCCAGACAUGUGUAUCACCUGUAUCUGUGACAAAGUUGGAGUUUGGAGUUGGAAAAGUGCAGAUGAACUUUCUUCAUUUACUGAGCUCAGAAGCAACCCAUACCAUCACCGUUCACUGUCUGAACACACCAGUGUGGGGAACAAAUGAGGCAGAUGCUCAGAAAACAUCUGUUAGCUUCAAAGGCUGGAAUGGUCAAAAGUUUGAAGCAAAUACACUACUUGAACCAAAGGUGCUUACAGACGAAUGCAUGAUACAAGAUGGCAGCUGGCAUAAGACAGAGUUCCUUUUUCACACUCAGGAUACUACUGACCUUCCGGUUGUUCAAGUGCAUACGUUUCCUCAUCUCAAACCAGGACAACAGCAACACAUAGAAAGUGGUUCAGUGUGCUUUCUCUAAGCUUCCUGACCUGACUCUGGUUUCUCACAACACCAUGGAACUUUUGCACAGAAAAAGCAUCUUUUAAAAACCAAAAUGAAUUAAAGAUUAAAUCAUUAUGAAACUGUGGAAGAAUUUUAAAGCAAAUUGUUGGUUAUAUCUUAAAGAAUCUCAGGAAGAAAAAGACUUCCUCCUAAGAAGGAGAAAUGGCAUUUUAAAAAAGAGACUAUGACGACAUUGCUAAAGUAUUUAAUUUUUUUAAAUAUUGGUUGGUGCUUUCUUGUAUAUUUCCCUGGAACUGAGAACUAUAUAUCUAAACAUAAAAUUCUUCAGGACCUCUAGUAUUCUGAAUAACCUAUUUAACAGCACUGUACAAGAUAUCCUAAGGAAAGCUGGAGACAUACAGUAGUAAGGAGCAAUACUGGCUAAUGCUCCCAAAUGUGCAAUAGCUUGUGUAUGAGAGUGAAUUAUGCCACAGUACAAUAAGUUGUCUUUUCUUAAACACUAAGUUGUAUUAUAGUCCUUUUGGACACAUACAUCUUAACAGAUGGUACACUACCUCUUACGUGUUUCCUGUUUGUAUUUCUGGUGCUCUUUAUAACACAAGGUGCUUGUGGCUUUAGUAGAGAUUAUUUGAUUCCCUUUUUCUCUUGCAGACUGUAUGUGCUGGUUACAUCAAGAUAUGUUUCUGUUGUAAAAGUACUUAUCUUAAAUUGUUUGGACACAUACUUCAUUACAAGUAAAAACAUUAUUUAUGUGAAAUUCUUAAUUAAAAUGUUUUUGUUUAUUCUUGUGGAAGUGAUAUACCAGACAGCACAUUGUAUAUGGUGCUUAUAGGCAGGCCAGCUAAUUGUUAGCCAUUGUAAAGAUUGUUAUAGAAGAGCUACAUACAGUAGUUUUGGGGUUUAGUUUCUGGACUGCAGUUAACUAUUUUAAACACCCAAUAGCAUCUAAGAUGAUGUACUGUGUAUAUGUUUUGUAACUUGUUGAAAAAUUUAAUACAGCAUAUGUUUUGAAUGGCUAAGUUAUAAUCAUAAUUAUUUCAGUAACUUAGAAAUUCCAUUUGUUUGCAAUAUUACUAGACACUGUUUCACACUUUUAUUUUGAGUCUAAAAGUAUUUGACCCUCAGCUGUUGAACAAAAUACACUUUUAUCAUUAAGACAAAACAUUUACUUUAAAAGGUUUGCAAACUGCUUGCCUAUAUCUAUUGUCAAAGCAGAGUUUGUACAGUAAUACAGAGCAAAAUUAUACCUCAUAUUUGGGGGGAGGGAGAGUGUUCAAACAGCAAUUCAUUUAAAUCAUCUUUAUCCACAGUAAGUCACGCUUACUCAUCUAUAAUAAAAUGUGCUUCAAAAAUAA